GCUAAAGUACAGCUACAAAUAUUGGAUAACGGUUCCAUGUAGAAACACAUCCAUAACUAGCGGUCCAUUUUUUUUUUCCUUCUAUAUUGUGUGUUGCAUGAAAUAAGAACACAAAUUAAUGUUAUUUCAGUUUCUGAAGUCUCAACCUAUGGACUCUGCUUCAUUCCCUCAUCCUUUAAUUUCCCACGUCAUCACUUGCUCAAGCUUCCAUCGAUCCUAUGCAACCCAUCAGAGUGCAAGACUUGGGUUAUGGAAGAAUAGGGUGUGGAACUCACCUUGUUGUGCUGUUGGGUUUUCUGCGGUUGGAGUAGAAGACGUGUUUGACGACAGUGAUUUAAAGAGAAAUGAGAAUGGUUCCCUCUUAAGUGCCUUAAAUAACGAAUCUUCUUCAGCAGCACCAUUUAGAACCUUAGACGCUGAAAUAACACCCGAAACCACUGAUUUCUUUGUUAGCGAUGCCGAAGGUGAUCCGGAUUGUCCCUCUAAAGGUUACUCUUCCAUCGAACACGCUCUUAAUGCACUACGCCAAGGAAAGUUUGUGAUUGUGGUAGAUGAUGAAAAUGGCGAUAUUGAAGGGAAUCUUAUAAUGGCAGCAUCUCUUACAAGUCCGAAUGAUGUUGCCUUUAUGAUUAAGCAUGGAUCAGGGAUUGUUUCUGUUGGCAUGAAAGAGGAAGAUCUUCAAAGACUGAACCUCCCUCUUAUGUCCCCAGAGACAGAAGAUGAAGAUUCUUCUGCCCCCACCUUUACCAUCACAGUGGAUGCAAAAUAUGGAACUUCCACAGGUGUAUCAGCUGCAGAUAGAGCAAAAACAGUUCUUGCUUUGUCAUCUCCUGAGUCUAAAUCAGAAGACUUCAGAAAACCUGGUCAUGUGUUUCCCCUUAAGUAUAGAAAUGGUGGGGUUCUUAGGAGGGCAGGUCAUACUGAGGCUUCAGUGGAUUUGGUUGCACUGGCUGGUUUACCUCCAGUUUCUGUUCUCUCUGCUCUUCUUGGUGAGAAUGAUGGCUCUAUAGCUUCUUUGCCCAAGUUAAGAAAAUUAGCAUGGGAAUACAACUUACCAAUUGUCUCAAUAACUGAUUUGAUAAGGUAUCGGAGAAAGAGAGAAAAACUGGUUGAAAGAACUUCUGUUUCUCGCAUGCCUACUAAAUGGGGUCUAUUUCAAGCAUAUUGCUAUGACUCAAAGUUGGAUGGAACUGAACAUGUGGCUGUUGUAAAGGGGAACAUAGGAAAUGGGCAAGAUGUUCUAGUACGAGUGCAUUCAGAGUGUUUCACUGGGGAUAUAUUCGGAUCAGCUCGAUGUGACUGUGGCAACCAAUUAGAUUUGGCAAUGCAGUUAAUAGAAGAAACUGGUAGAGGAGUAGUUGUCUAUCUUCGAGGUCACGAAGGAAGAGGCAUUGGACUUGGUCACAAACUUAAAGCCUAUAAUCUGCAGGAUCAAGGUCAUGACACGGUCCAAGCAAACAUAGAACUCGGGUUAGCUGUUGAUGCUCGUGAGUAUGGGAUUGGUGCUCAGAUUUUGAGAGAUAUUGGAGUUCGAACUAUGCGGCUUAUGACCAACAACCCAGCAAAGUUCAUUGGUCUUAAAGGAUAUGGUUUGGCAGUGGUAGGGCGUGUUCCUGUAUUGACGCCAAUAACUGAGGAAAACAAGCGCUACUUGGAAACAAAAAGGACCAAAAUGGGUCAUAUUUAUGGGUCUGAUAUACAAGGAUCGCUACCUGGAUUCAACGAUUCAAUUGUAAAUAACGGAGACUCACCAGAGAACACAUAGUCUACACAAAAAUAAGGCAAAAUGCAACUCUCGUAUACUGUAAAAAAAAAAAAAACAAUUUAAAAGAUGAAAUUCAUUUGUGAAAAUUGUAUUCAGUUUACUUUACGUCCAGCUUUGCUGCUCAAAAGUUUCAAACUUUUAACUAGAGAUACUCCAAUUCAAAGUUACAGGUAUUACUAAAAUGUUUCAAC